GCAGGAGUUAACGAGAAGACGCUGCACUUCCUGGUGGCGGGAGGGUUCCAGUGCUGUCAGGAUGGAAGGUUGCAGGAGGGGAGCAGCGCGUAUAGCGGGGGCUGCGCGGCCAAAGCCCACCCCCGUCAGGCCUGCCGCCGUGACACAAGCAGUCGCGAUGUGGCUCGUAGUCGCGACAGCAUUGGCCUGUGUACCCCGGGUGUGCGCGGCUCAUGCGGCCCAGGAAGCCUCUGCAGUCAGGACUGUCACCUCCAGCAACUGGUCCCUGGUUUUGGAGGGAGAGUGGAUGCUAAAAUUCCAUGCCCCGUGGUGUCCAGCAUGCCAGCAAAUCCAGGCAGAAUGGGAGAGCUUUGGUCAAACAAGUCGUGCGCUUGGUAUUAAAGUUGGCAAAGUGGAUGUCACUCAGGAACCAGGGUUGAGUGGCCGCUUUUUUGUUACUACACUUCCAACCUUCUUUCACAUCAAGGAUGGAGUGUUUCGCAGGUAUUAUGGCUCCCGAAUGGUAGAUGAACUUCAUGCCUUCAUCUCUGAGCAGAAGUGGAAACUUGUGGAGCCUGUGGCGGGCUGGAAAUCGCCAUCCUCUAUUUUGAUGUCUGGGAUGGCCGGUCUCUUUCAUCUAUCUGGAUGGAUCAGGCAAAUUCACACCUACUUUACCGGUCCUCUCGGAAUUCCUGCUUGGGGCUCGUAUGCCAUCUUUAUUAUAGCCACUUUGCUGAUUGGCCUGAUUCUUGGUUUGGUUCUUGUGUUAUUGGUUGACUGUUUCUGUCCAUAUAAAACCAAGUAUGUAGCGGCAAGAACAGCAGCUAAUGAGGAACAUUUAGAGGGUCCAAGUGAAAAAGCAAAGGAUUCUUCAGAAGAAGACGUAGAACCAUCGGACAAUGAAGCUGACUGUGAAGGUAACAAUGAAGCUGGCAAAAGUAAUGGCGCUAAAGACUUAGAGGAGAACUCGCCUGUGGAGGAUUCUGGGACUGAGGAAGAAGAAGAAGAAGAAAAAGAAGAAGAGAUUGUCAUUGCUGUGCCCCAGGACAGCACCCCAGAAUCCGAAAGCACCUUGAGGCAACGCAGGACUGAAGCUGUUGUAGACAGUGAACAGUAGAAGUAGUUUUUUGUGCUUGUAUAAAUAAUACAUUAUUAUGGACCAAAGAUAUGCCCUUAUCUUGAUCUGUAGAAUGUCGAAUCAGUGUUUUGCAUGGCAAGUUCUUUUUUUAAGAUGUCAUCAAAGGUUUUAGAAAUAAUUUUUAGCGUUUUGUACAUAGACUGAAAAGUCGCUUCUUAAGACAAUCAAAAUCUCUUUUUAGCAGCUGUGUGCGUUUCCGAGCAUAAAAUUAAUAUAUUUUUGCGUUUCUGAAAGGUGAACUUGAACGCACAGGAUGUGUUUUUUGUGUAAAUGCCACCAAAAUAAUAAUGUAGGAUCAAGUAUU